CACACACUUGCUCUGCCUCGCACCCACCGCCGUCACUGCAUCGCGACAUCGUCGUGUAUCGUCGCGCUCUUUCGAGAGUCGGGCGAGUGCAGCGAAUCGAGUCGUGGUCCGAGAGAGCGGUUAUAUACGUUAACGUAGAGUCGCGCGAGACGGGAACCCCGCGGUGGGGGCGGGAGGGGAAGUAUAUAACAGGAGAGAGCGACAGAGCACGGCGGGGUUAGAGGAGAGGGAGGGAGAUCAUCGAACGCGGGAGGAGGAAAGAACCCGCGCGCACGCGCGUCUGUCUACCCACCGGUCGAUCGACAACUACGUCGACGACGACGACGACAACGACGACGACGACGACGACGACGACAACGACGACGACGAGCACGACGUAGAAAGAACGUGGCGCGCGAGUACGGUAGUGACGACGAGGCUCCGCUGAUACCGUUGUGGGAAAAGUUAAUCGGUUGACCGUUCGAUACCGAGCGCAGGGAAAGCCAUAGCGAAAGGAGAGCUGACCCGAGGUGGGGAGCAACGGCGAAAGGAAGGAAGGAAGAAACGAGGGGAAGGAGAGAAGGAGUGGAAUCGGGUCGAAAUCGUCCGUACGGACAUGUGCGCGGCGCUGUGCUCGCAGUCAGCAGGGACGUGAUGGUACGUAGCUCGCGGCGUGCGAGUUAUCAGGAUUGCUCGCGGUCACGGGUUCGUGACGACGGCCGUGGCGAGGAGUGCGACGGCGUGAGCGACGACAACGAGCGCGCUAUCGCGAGAGAGAGCCUCGGGGCGCCGCACGCCGACGGACGGAGCGGCGUUGCCACCUCUCUUCGGACGCUGCACCACCGAGAACCGAUACGGCAACCAAGAAACACCGUCGUUGCCACGUCCGCUGCUACGUUCCGCUGCCAGCCGGGACAGCAGCUCGCUGGCCACGACGAUCGUCUCUAUCGCUUAGCUGGUAACCACCUAUACACGCUGCUGUUUCAGAACUGAAUAUCAACAUGGAGGCAACGGAGCAGGAGAAGCCGCUGGUCAAAGACUUGAACGAACAUAUCGUGUGCCCUCUCUGCAGAGGCUACCUCAUAGACGCAACGACUCUCGUGGAGUGUCUGCAUUCUUUUUGCAGAGGUUGCAUUGUCAGAAGGUUGAGCAGCGGUGCCCGAGCGUGUCCCGUAUGCAACGUCGCGACGUCUCCGCCUCUCUUGCCGGACGUAAAGCUACAACAACUGGUAUAUCUCGUGGUACCAGGCCUCUUCCGGUCCGAGCUCGAACGGAGGCGUCACUUCCGGUUGGUGAACCCGCAAUGUCCACCUUUAGUCCCGCCGUUGGGGGCCCUCGACUUGACCUUGGACGAUUUCGUAAGCCUGAGCCUCUGCGAGCUCGGCGAACCGGAAGAAGAAGUGGACGGUCAAUCGGCAGAGAACCACGACGCGUCGCGACAUCGAACGAACAACGACGAGACGACGAACGAAGACGGGAAUCGGGUUAGAAAUACGCGGUACCUAAAGUGUCCGGCUGGGGUGACGGUUCGACACCUCCUGAGACUGCUGAUGCUGAAGAGAGGCUGGGAAGAGACGAAUCCUCACGGGGCGAACGUCAAUGCGAUAGAGAUGCUGUGCGAAAAGUAUAACGAGGACGGUGGCGUGGAAACGAUGGUUUUGGAUCAGUCUUGGACUCUGCUGGACCUUGCUCGCAUAUUCGGCUGGAAGAGAGAAGAGCCGAUGAAGCUGUUUUACCGUGUGGCGCGGAAGCCGGAGCUCGUCUCGGUCCCCAAAGUGAGUCCUUACAACGACGAGAGGACCAAGGAUGCCGCUACUAUGGAAAAUAUUCAAAGGCCGCCGACGCCGCCUCCGAGUCCCAAGCCGGCACGGGAAUGCGAAGUCGAGGCUUGUAGGAUUUUAGAAAGUAGCGCCGAGCCGCCUCGGUCCCUGGAGACGAAUCUGGAACGCGACAAAGAGUCGAAAGCGAAGAAACCCCGUUGCGAGGUGACGCCCGUCAUAAGGACGCCCGAUCUCGUGCCGAUGCAGACGAACCACGCGCCGGAGAGUUCCAAGACCAAAGAGUUAGCCAGGCUGGAGCACCGAAAACGUAGGAAACGACGAAACAAGCGUGUGAUCGCCGAAAUCACUACAACACCCCGGGAGGAUCUGUUGAAGUUGAAGGUUCGUCUGACGCCCUGCCCGCCGAGGAUCACGUCGAGCACCGGAGGAGGCCAGGCAAAAGAGAAGCUGUUGCAGAUGCGUGCCGUUAGAAGAGAGAAGAUCAAAACCACCGCGAUAGGUCAGCAACGAUCGACGAGUUCGUCUGUUCGAGACGAGGUCCCGGGAGCGAAGGAAAACCUCGGGGAGAGCGAGGAAACGAUAGAGGAGAUUAUAGACAGCAUCCCGGACGAGGUGGUUAGAAUCGCACAAAACAUAACUACUCCGAUAGAGGAGACGUCCGCGGCCACCGAGCGAAUAGAGCAGCGGAGUGCUCCGUCGACGUGCAGGACAUCGUCCAAGUCGAAGGAAGCCGAGACCGAACCAGAGACUGCCAAGGCCGCGGAAGAAUCCGACGCGGAACGUCCGAAAAAAGACGAAGAGAUCCUUCGACGAUUGGGCCUGGUGGCGGUGAACGAAGCCAACGACAAGACGAAGCAACGCGUGCAGAACAACGGCGAGAAGAUCGAGAACUUGGACCGGGAGAAGCUCGAGAAGCAAUUGCGCGAGAGCAAAGCCAAUCGAGUGAGAAGCCUGCUGGCCGAGAAGCAGAUGCGCGACGCGUUGAAGAGCAUUAUGUCGAAAACAAAAGAAGAGCAACCAUCGCCAGUGCAGGUUAACGCUGUACCAAAGAAAAAAGGUCCGCCGCCGCUGGCGCCCUUACGCGUGGCCAAGCCUUCCGGCUUCGCCACGUCGAGCGCCAUUUUGGAACCGAACAAUUCGAAAUACGAGACCCCGUUGGACCUUAGCAGCGGUGGAACCGUGCACAACAACGCACUCGAUUUAUCGGCCAGUUUGUCUACCAAUAGUUUCUCGUCGUUACCCACCUCGUCUUCGCUCUCGUCUUCUACUCCUUCUCCUUGUUCCUCUUCGUCCUCUUCGGCAUCUUCGUCCUGUUCUUCCGUGCCCUCGCUGAAUCCUAGAACACCGCGCGCGACGAUCGGUUCCGGAGGCCUGUUACGAGCGAAGCCGAAGAAUCUGGAUCAACGAAGGGGCCAGGAAUCCAAUCUGGUCACGCUUUCUGACGCGGCUGUAUCCUUGCUGAGCGGCUGCAUCACCGACAAGAACUCCGUGGAUCCUCUUGCUCUCGGCUCGGCCAAUAUCGCUAGCAAAGUGGCGCUUCGAAUACCGCAACCGCAUCAGAGAAUCUCCGGUUUCGGAAUGAAAAUCAAGCCAAACCUCGGCGUCAGGCACAUACCUAACCCACAGGCGGUCGUUGCUUCGCAGUACAGAAAUCAAAGGGCCGGUUACUUCAACACAGCCUCGCAACAGCCGCCGUAAGCGGAACGCUCGCAAUCCACCGACGCCUCACUCUCCCGUUUCCCCUACUUUUUCCAUUACUUCCUACUAUCAUAUUAUUACACGUGUAAGAACGCUCCUACAGAAACGAGAUUCCUAUGUGACCAAUCCAAAGGCUGUACGUUACCACAUACUUUCUUAUCCCGCUUCCUCCGAAGCAGGCCUGGGCAAUUUUAUUUAAAUACAAGUACGUGUAGCAACUCGGAUAUUUGUUCGGUCGUUUACUUAUUGGAACGUUAUUUGGAAAUUAUAGAGAUAUUUGAGGUAGUAAGUAUUUCAGACGAUGAAAAGUUGAUUCACUGUUUGAAACGACAGGUAUUUUAGCCUCUUGAGGAAUAUUGGCAUACACCCUCGUUCAUAAGUAUGUGGACACUUUCUUAAUGGAAAGAAAUAUCUGAUAAAAGUUGUGAAUCUAUUGGUAUCAAUUGUAUCAUUUAUGUUUCGAUAUGUUUACGUUGCGAAGUAAUAUUAUCUCAUUUAUUUUAUAAUAUUACGCCAUAAGUAUUUUUGAUAUAUUGAACAUUCGUUCUGAACUUUGCUAUCUAAACGAUCCCAUAGUUCCACUAUAAAAUUGAAUAUGCCACUCAAAACAUUUAAUAUCAUUAAAUGUUGUUUAAUACAAUGUAGAAUCCGAUGUAGAAUUUGGCAACAAAAGUUGUAUAGUAAUAAUUUACGGUGUAUAUUAAUUAUUCAUUGAAGGUAGUAAGUGUCCACAAUAUUUAUGAGCGAGGGUGUAUACAAGGUGAGCCGCGUAAUGCGUUCCAAGCUAUUUUCCGAAAGUAUUAGUGAUAAUUAAUUAUUACACUGGACAACUUUUUAAUACAAUAUCUUUAAACUAUGUUUACAUUCGUCUUAACUGUGGCUGGCCACUUUAACAUUUAACCCUUUAGCAAAGGGUUUUACUUUGAAAUAGCAAGCAUCAUUUGCUACAUUUGCUUACAACGUCACCCAAAAUAUCCUAUCAAGAAUCAAAAACAAAUAAAAUCGAUUCGUUAUUCCGACGCCGAAUUAUUUGAAAGUUGUAUCACGAAAGAAGAUAAUCAUAUGUCAAAAAACGGAACAUUCGUGGAAUAAGAAAUCACGCCAGGUAACGUUAUUUCAAAAGAGCCCAGGUCUGCAGUAAAGCCACAUUGGCACGCGCGAAAACACGUGCUCUAGGUACCGCCACCGAGAGGAACUGUCUCGCGCGAUUCGCGCGUAGGAAUGCGGCUUUACGUUUCACAAAACGCGACGAGUUUCGCGUGGGUGCGAAGACGCACGGUACACCCGCGGUAGCAAGGACUAGAACGUCGACUUGGUGAGUGAAAGCGAAGGAAAAGAUAGCGAUAUUUAAUACGGCGAGAGUAGGCAACGUGAAAUGUACAUCCGUUUCACGGGAUAACGUUUUCAGACGCGAGCGACUGUUUCAUCGAAAAAUCGGUUUUCCGUGUGUCUUCGCUCUUGACAGGGAAACGACGACGGUGUUCGAUCCGUUGUCACACUGGUCGGCUGAAGAGAAUGCCCCUUGGAAGAAAUUACAAUUUAGC